ACGCGGAUGGAGAGCGAGAAACCAGUUUAGCUUCACAAAGCGCCCAUACCGACACCGCACACGUGACUGGCUGCGAGUCAUGUGAUUCAGAUACGCAAAGUGUACAUCCUGAUAUCUUGUACAAGAUCAGCCAACAUGGCUGGGCUGUUGUUGUUAACGCUGUUGACUGUGACAUUAGCAGCAGGUGUCCACUACGACCCUACAUGGGAGUCACUGGACCAGAGGCCCAUCCCGGCCUGGUACGACGAGGCGAAGUUUGGCAUCUUCCUUCACUGGGGGGUGUUCUCUGUUCCAAGCUUCGUUGGAGCAUGGUUCCAGGACUUCUGGUUGAAUAAAAGAGCAGACGUCGUGGACUUUAUGCAGAACAACUACAGACCAGGUUUUACCUAUGCUGACUUCGCGCCACAGUUCACAGCUGAAUUCUACAACCCCCAACAAUGGGCCCUGUUGUUCAAUGCAUCAGGUGCAAGAUAUGUUGUACUGACAACAAAACAUCAUGAAGGAUUCUGCAACUGGCCAACCAAAUACUCCUUCAACUGGAAUGCCAUGGACGUCGGCCCUCAAAGGGACUUAGUGGGUGACCUGGCCAACUCCAUAAGGAAGAUCACGAACAUCAAGUUCGGUCUUUACCACUCACUGUUCGAGUUUGUCAAUCCGAUCUUUCUUCAAGAUCAGAAGAACCAUUUCAAAACUCAAGACUUUGUUAAGUACAAGACAAUGCCCGAGUUAUACGAGCUGGUGAACAUGUACAAGCCUGACGUUAUCUGGUCUGAUGGGGACUGGAUGGCCAAUUCUACCUACUGGAAUUCUACUGAGUUCAUAGCCUGGCUCUAUAACAACAGUCCCGUGAAGGACUCUGUUGUGGUCAACGACCGAUGGGGAAAUGAUACAUGGUGCAAACACGGGGAUUACUACACGUGUAGUGACAAAUACAACCCAGGUGUCCUGUCUAAGCACAAGUUUGAGGAUGCUACCACUAUUGACAAGGUGGCAUGGGGGUUUAGACGUAACGCCCUGCUGAGUGAUUUCAACACCAUAGAGGAGCUUCUUCAACAGUUUGUAACUGUUGUCAGCUGCGGUGGCAACUUCCUGCUGAACGCUGGCCCCACCCCUGACGGAAUGAUCACCCCGAUCUUUGAGGAGAGGCUACGACAGAUAGGACAAUGGCUGAACGUUAAUGGAGACGCCAUCUAUGCGACUCGACCCUGGACUACCCAGAAUGAUACAGCGACACCUAGUGUAUGGUACACUUCCAAGAAGUCUGCCACCGGCAUUUCCGUGUACGCCAUCGCUUUGAGCUGGCCAAAGGGAGAUAACCUAGAGCUAGCUGCCCCACAAGCGGGUCCCGCCACGAAAGUGGCGUUGCUAGGAUACCCAGGAUACUUUGAUUUCAAAGCUGGUGCCACGUCAGGAAUGACGAUCAUGAUUCCAGGAAUUCCACCCAAUCGUUUGCCUUGUCAGUGGGCCUGGGUCUUCAGACUUGAUAAUCUCAAAAAUCAAUAGUAAGAUCAAAGUGAAGUUGUGUGCAUUUUUAAACAAAGGUACUUGAGCGGACGUCCGUGGUUUUUGUCUCUUAUGUGUUGUAUUAAUUACAUGUGCUUGUACACAUUUUAUUUCAUAUCCCAUUCUGAAAAAUACUUUGAAAAUAUUUGUCCAUCAUACAUUCAUUAAAUCCAAUGCGAUUAC